UUCAGGGACCCCUGUGCAAUGGCACACAACAUACUUGCCAACCCUGCUUACAAGGAUGAGAUUGACUAUUAUUGCUUGGGAUAUCACUCAUAUUCUGUCAAGGACACCAUAUCAGAAGUUCCAGAAACACGUGGAUCUUCUUUAGUCCCAAUUAUUCUUGGUAGUGACAAGACCACUGUCUCUGUGGGCACUGGUAAUAAUGAAUACUACCCCCUCUAUGCCUUGAUUGGUAACAUAUGCAACAAUGUAUGGCAUGCACACUGCAAUGCCCUCAGAAUCAUUGGUUUCCUUGCCAUUCCUAAAAGUAUGUAUGUUCAUAUUUGA